AUGAAUAAGCUGGCGAAUAUGCGCCACUGGUCCGAGAGGAUGAGUCCAAACUUUGGCAUGGGACGACCCAGCGUGCCCAUGAACAACCUGAACCAGCACUCCAAAUCCGUCUCCCAGCCUGGCCUGCCUCUAACGUCUCCCGCCGCCGACGCCACGAUACACUACUCGUUCAACAUCCCGUUUGCCUCUGACCUGGCUGGGCCCAACACCGAAGACAUUCUGCACGCUACCACCGAUGCCGUCUUGAGAUGGACACACCCAGAGGACGCUCCCGACGAUGUCAACAUCUUUGAGCUCCCUGCCCACGCCCAAAACCUGGCAAACCUGCGCAGGCUCUGCAGGGAUUUGUCCAGCGGCCCUCUGCCCAUCGAAGCUCAAGUCGUCGUCUCAACCCCCAAGAAUGGCAAGAGCCAGCAGAUUACCACCGUCGGUCUGACGGGAUCCCCGGAGCUCGUCAACAAGAGCCGGGAGACCAUUUUGAACGAGAUCCCCAUCUCCAUGCGAUGCAUCACAAUUGACAUCGAUGGAAACUUGGUCUGUGACCUGGCCGCUGGCGUACUCAAAAAGCCCGUCCUGGACAAUCUGGAUUUUAUCUCGAAAUACUGCGGCGUCGACAUCUUUCUGUUGGGACCCAAGUUGACCCCAAUGGUCGAUGGAAUGCUAGGUGAUUCCGAGAUGCGAAUGGACCAGCGCUGGAGAGUUGCCAUCUACGGCGACAUCUUGUCGUCCGAGCACGCCAAGGCCCGAGUGCUUGUUCAGAUUGACACCUUGCUUGGCCGCAUGGUGGAUGGUCUGAAAAUCGAGUCGUCUCUUCACCAACUUGUCUGCGGACGACACCGCAAGAACAUCAAGCUCAUUGAGUCUUCAACCGGGACUGCCAUCUACUUCCCUCCUCUGUUCUCGCAAAUGUAUCGCUACUGCCCACCCAAUGCGAAUCGCCGUGAACCUGCAGACGUCUACAUCACAGGAGACUCUCAUCAGGCCCUAGAGCUGGCCAAGCAGAAGCUUCUUGAGACAGUUUCUCGCAUUCGCCUCUUUGUCAAGGAUGUCAACAUCCCGGCCGCCAAACUCGACAACAUCCUCCUAGGCCGCUUGGACAAGGUCCGCAAGAUUCUCGAGGCUAAUGGAACGUAUAUUAUGCUUCCUCAAUUAGCGUGCCAGCGCACGGCCGUCCGAGUUCACGGAAGUGAGGGCCUGCCGGUUGAACGAACCGUCCGGGAGCUCAUGUCACUGGCUGGCCAGUUUUAUGGCGCCGGAUGGUAUCUUCAACAGCCGGAGAACAGGACUCUCCCUGCCGCUCACGAAAUUCACUCCAUGCUCGCGGAUAUUUGCGCCAACUCUGAUGCAGAAGUGUCCUUUGAUAAGGCGUCUUUCACCGUCACCGGUGCCGACGACUCCGUCAAGUCUGCUCUGGCCGCCAUCUCCGAGUUGAAAUUUGCAACCAUUGCUCCUUAUCAAAUCCGUGUCAAGAUUGAGCUUGCCAACGAGCACAAGGAGUUUGUGAGCGGUAAGAAGAAUGGCAAGAUCAAUAAAAUCAUGGGACAAAGCAAUGUGCAGAUCAUCUUUGACGGCUUCAACGAAUACAACUUUAACAUUGACGUCAUGGCUGCCACCUAUGAAUCCAUGAAGCAAGGUCUGACCUUGGUUGAGCAGGAGAUGCCGGCGUCUAUCUCGUUCCAUGUGCCGGACCAGUACCACAAGCGCAUCAUUGGCAUUGGUGGCCAGCACAUUCAGCGUAUCAUGAAGAAGCAUUCCGUCUUUGUCAAGUUUUCAAACGCCAUGGACAGAGGUAAACAAUUCAAUGAUUCAUCAAUCUAUUUCAAUAAGAGUGUUACUAAAGAGCAAAUGCUAGGUGGCAUGGGACGAGAAGAUGACGACAUCAAAGUCGACAAUGUCAUUUGCCGCACUCCGGCUCGCAAUGCCCAGAAUCUGGAUGCUGUCAAGAACGAGAUUCUUGAAAUGGUUGAUCGAGCUGACUCCGAGUACACCUCUCAGAUUGUUAGCGUUGAUCGAUUGUACCACCGCGAACUAAUUGCUCGCCUCUCAGAAAUUGACGAGCUUGAGCAAAAGUACAACUGCAAGAUCAACUUUCCUAGCACUGAGCAGGCGAGUGACGAGGUCACUGUUACUGGUCCCCAGUGGCAGGUGCCUCACUGCGUUGACGAGUUCCUCGGCAUGGUCCCCGAUAGGCAUGAGUUGGUGCUUGCUCGUAGCGCCAAGUUGGUCAAGUUCCUGGAGUCUCCUGAGUUUGCCCAUGAUCUUGUUCCCAAGUUGAAGAGUCAGUACGAGGUGGAAGUUACUGUUCAUCAGAACCCUGAGGAGACCACCGAAGAUGGCUCCCCCACCGCUACUCUCCUCUGGGGCUUCACGCGCAACAAUGCAGGAGGUCUCCGAGACGCAAUCGACUUCUUGCUCGCCCAGUUUGCUACUGCGGGCGUCGAGGCUGAUAUCGUCAAGGGCUCCAUCCCUCGUCCCAAGUCCGACUCGUUUGAAGAUACGCUUCAGUAUUUCGAUUCCAAGCUUCUUCAACACGCACCCGCUUCGGCGGCCGGCGACUCUCCCAUCAAGAAUGCUUUCAAUGCAGACAUUGCCCGAGAACGCAGCAGCAUUCUUGAUCGCCUCAGGCGCCCGGGGAGCAUGACGUCCAUCUCUUCCUUCUUGGACCGCAGAAAGAACAGCUCACACUCGGCCGCAGGCAGCUUCUUCAAGGGCUCUGCCAACGUCUCCAAGUCGUCGCUCAUCUCGAUCGAGUCGACACGUAGCUUCAACGCCGAUCGAAACCCUUGGAACGACAGUGGUGUCAACCUGGCUGACGAUGAGAACCCUUGGGCUCGUCCUAUCAGCAACCACCACUUCGAGAGCAAGUUAACCAUCCCCCUUUCCAAAGACGCCAUCACUCCGCGCCACACUACCCGUGCGUCCGGUGAUAGCGGGCGACCUUCUACUUCACACUCUAUGAAUUCAGGAUACCCCGCCCCCAUUGGGCCUUUCCGUUAG